AUGGAAACCCUCGAAAGUUUGGUGUCCCGAUUUGAUUUUCUUUGCCGAUUUUGUCUUGCGGACGUUGGCUGCGUUCCCAUAUUUCUUCAGGAUGGCGUCUUAAACGAAAAUGUGCAGAAAGCAUUCGACAUUAUUCUCACCAAGGUAGACGAACACGAUGGACUGCCAAACAAUGUUUGCACCGACUGUUUGCUGCGCAUGGAGAACAUUGUCGAUUUCGAAGCCAACUGCAGCCGCUCAUAUAAAAUACUCGAGAAAGUGGCAUGUUUUCUGGAACAGCGUAAUGCAAACCAAGAGAUGGACGAAUGUGCCCAGGUUCCGGAAAAUGCUAAACGUUCAACGGACGGUGAGGGCCAAUUCGAUGCCAUAGAGGAGUACAUAGAGGACCAGGACGACGAACCAGACCUCAAACAUGGUAGUGACUCGGAGACGCAAAGCGUUGUUAUGCUACAGCUUGAGAUUGUCGGAAACGAGCGUUCAGAGUCGUCGUGUGAAGAGAUCACCGAAGAGCAGGAACUUGUCACCGAAGAAAACGUGCAUGACACAGAGAAUCGAGAAGAUGAGCCGCAUUUCGAUUGCACUGACGGGCUGCAAAACAUGUUACCGCCUGACGAAAGGAAACUAUACUUUCAAGCGGCACAAAAUAAGGAGCACAAAUACAUCAUUCGUGGGAAGCGUAAAGUGCCAGUUAUCGAGUGCAUAUUCUGCAACAAAAUGUACCGCGGCAGGAACACGCUAAGGAAGCAUCUCAGAAUUCACUUCCAGCUCAAAAGCUACGUUUGCCACCUGUGCGACCCACCAACGCGGUUCACCGAUCGUAGCUCGUUGCGCGUGCACGAGGUACGGCACGCCGAGACCAAAGCAUUCAAGUGCGAUCAAUGCGAGCGUUCGUACUUCACUAACAACGAAUUGAAACAGCACUACACCAUGCGCCACGAAGAACGUAAAUACGUUUGCCAAGUUUGUUCUGCUCGUUUUGCAUCGAACGCUAUCCUAAAAGAUCACAGUAGGGUGCACACAUCAGAUCGCCCAUUUGUUUGCAACGUCUGCGGAAUGUGUUUCAAGCGUAAUCGUAAUCUAGUUCGCCACAUGGACAACAAACAUUCAGCAAAAGCAACAGACAAGCAGGCCAAACAGGACAACUUUAGUUUGAUAACUUGCUACUGGUGCACCGCUGUAUUUGAGCUACCGUCGAAGCUGCUUGCCCACAUAACGGAGGAACAUGGGCAGGAGUGUGAAGAAAUGCGCUUGAAAUCGCAUUUCUGUCCGACGUGCUCGAAAAAGUUCACUACGUUGGACGAAUGCCUGCUGCAUCAGGAUAAGCACACUUUAUUCAAAGUGCAAAACGAUGGUAUAACAAUGCACCAGUGCGGAGCCUGUGGCAAACAGUUACGUUACAGAUCGUUGGCAAAGAAACAUCUACUAUCGCACACUAAAACCCGCGUAUAUCAGUGUCACUAUGCACACUGUAGUCGCAAGUACAAACAUAAGAUGCAUUUCGCGCGGCAUAUGCGUGUAGUUCACCAAAAACUAGAGCCGCCCAAGUGAACAGUCCUGCAAGAAAACA